CUGAAUGCUGGUCUAGUCUAGGGAUUUAAAAGAGGAGACAGAAAAUCUCUGUGUGCUCUCUCUGUCUCUCUCUCUCUCUCUCUCUCCUGCUCUGCGCACAGAACCCCAGUGAGUGAGAAUUUGAAUGCGAAUGUGAUUGCGAAAGCCAAAAGAAAGAACCCUCGAAGCAAAAUCAAAAUCCCCUCCAAAUUUUUUUUCAUCCCGCCCGAAUUCCGCCACAGUAACACCCACACCCACACCCCACAUAGUACAAUUAAAGGGACCACCUUUGCGCCAUUAUAUUAUAUUCAUCAGCUUCUGCUUCUGAAGUUUAUCGUACAAGUCCUGCAUUUGAAACUGAAACCCCACUUUCGGAUUUGUGGCGGAGGCAGAAGGGAAGCGUGGGUGGUGCUUCAUUUGGUUCCCGUGAACGAGAACAUGGAGGCCGGGGUGAAGACCGGCGACGCCCGUGGUGGGGUUGCCUCAAGAACAAGAAGCGGUGGAAGAAGGGCCGACCCGAGACCCCGAAAAAGGGAAAAGCCUCCGAGGCCUAAAUCUGAUGAGGAGCCCGGGUUUCCGGUCCGUUGCCGCGCGAAGCAUUUCGACGAGAAUGGGAAUCCUGUGGAAUCCUUGAUGUGCCAUCAGUGCCAGAGGAAUGAUAAGGGCAGGGUCGUUCGCUGUACAAAGUGCAAAUCAAAGCGAUAUUGCAUACCUUGCAUUACUACUUGGUAUCCCCAAUCGACAGAGGACUCAAUUGCUGAGGCAUGCCCAUUCUGCUGUAAAAACUGCAAUUGUAAAUCAUGCAUGCGAUUAGAUGGGGCACUAAAAAGAACACUGGAGUUAAAUUUGGAAUACAGCGACAAUGAGAAGUUACAGCACUCUCUCCAUAUUCUACGGUUACUUCUUCCUUUCCUGAAACAGUUGAAUCAUGACCAACUGAUGGAGAAAAAGAUGGAGGCAGAAUGCCAAGGCUUGUCUUUAUCAGAUUUAAAGGUUCGGGAAGCACGAUUAGAUAAUAAUGAGCGUGCCUACUGCAACAACUGCAGAACUUCCAUUUUCGAUUACCACAGAAGCUGUCCGAACUGUUCGUAUGAUCUAUGUCUCAUAUGUUGCGAUGAGAUUCGAGAGGGUCGCCUUCAAGGAGGGGAAAAAGAAGUCAUAAUAGAAUACAUAAACAGAGGAUCAGAUUAUCUGCAUGGUGGAGAAGCUAAAGGAGAGAGAAAUGUUUCUCUUAGCUCUGUAAAGAAAGUCAAGUCGGAACCAGAGUGGAAGGCAAAUGAAGAUGGGACUAUUCCUUGCCCCCGGGAACUGAUUGGUGGCUGUGGAGAUGGUCUCCUAGAACUGCGGUGUAUGUUUUCGGACAAUUGGGUCUCGCAACUGGUCAAUAAAGCUGAAGAAUUGAUCAAGUCUUAUCAUUAUACUGAAUCUUUGGAAGCUUCAGGGGAGAAAUGUUCUUGCUUUACCCCUGAUGGAGCAGUUGACCUUACCAGUGGUAACUUAAGGAAAGCAGCCUCUCGUGGGGAUGCUAAUGACAACUACUUAUACUGGCCAAAAGCCCGGGACCUGAAGUUUGAAGAUCUGAGGCAUUUCCAGUGUCACUGGGCCAAGGGUGAACCUGUCAUUGUGAGCAAUGCUCUUGAGACUACUCCAGGCCUGAGCUGGGAACCAAUGGUGAUGUGGCGCGCCUUUCGUCAGAUCUCGAAUGCCAAACAUUUGAGGCAUUUGGAUGUCACAGCAAUUGAUUGCUUGGAUUUGAGUGAGGUAGAUGUGAACAUUCACCAGUUCUUCAAAGGUUACUCAGAGGGUCGAUUUGACAGUAAAAAAUGGCCCCAGAUACUGAAGCUCAAGGAUUGGCCUCCGAAAAAUGAGUUUGAUGAGAAGUUGCCUCGGCAUGGUAUUGAAUUCAUUACUUCCUUGCCUUUCAAGGAAUAUACGCACCUGAAAGAAGGGUUUCUCAAUCUUGCUACGAAGUUGCCUGAAGGGAUUCUAAAGCCUGACUUGGGCCCGAAAACAUAUAUAGCUUAUGGGGUCCAUCCUGAGUUGGGUCGUGGAGAUUCAGUCACAAAGCUUCACUGUGACAUGUCUGAUGCGGUAAAUGUACUGACACAUACAGCGGAAUUGACUCUCUCCCGUGACCACCUCCAUAAAAUGUUGAAAGUGAAAAAGCAGCACAUCAAGCAGGAUGAAAAGGAAAUUUUUGGUAUUGUCUGUGAGAAGAAAAAAGGCACUGAGAAGACGGUGCCUUCAGCAUCUCCAAAUAGCUGUAAGCCCGAGCUUGACUGUCUUGCUACUGACACUGAUGAGAAUAAAAAUCCUUCUUUAGGGGUAGAAAAUGAGAAAUUUGAUGCAUCGACAACCCCGAAUGGAGAGACUCUGGAAAAGACUGCUGAAAAUGCAGAUGGAUCAAAUGGAUUGAUGCACUCAGAUGAAGAAAUUGAGGAGAAAAUUCCGAGAAAGGAGAGGGCUGUCCGCGGCAGGAAGAGGAAGAGGGGGGGAUAUAGUAAAAGUACAAGAAGGUCAAAGAGAUUGGAGACAAAACAGGAAGAGUUGGAUCACCCAUCAGAUAAGAGUGAUUCUGAAUCUUCUCGUGCGGACAAGGAGUUGUCAGGUGAUCAAAAUUGUGAUCUAGAAGAGGAGAUCAAUCUGUACUUCCCAAUGUUGGAGUUUGAGGGGCCAGAGUAUGCAGAGGGAGGUGCACUAUGGGAUAUCUUCAGAAGGGAAGAUGUUCCGAAGUUGGAGGAAUAUCUUGAGAAGCACUUCCAGGAGUUCAGGCACAUCCAUUGCUCACCUCUAACCCAGGUUAUCCAUCCAAUUCAUGACCAGACAUUUUACUUGACAGUGGAGCAUAAGAGGAAGCUCAAAGAGGAAUAUGGAAUCGAGCCAUGGACAUUUGUCCAAAAACUAGGGGAUGCUGUGUUCAUUCCCGCCGGUUGUCCUCAUCAAGUUCGCAAUUUGAAGUCAUGUAUUAAGGUUGCGCUAGACUUUGUCUCACCCGAAAAUGUUAAAGAGUGCCUUCGUCUGACUGAGGAGUUCCGAGUGCUUCCCGAGAAUCACAGGGCUAAGGAAGAUAAAUUGGAGGUGAAGAAGAUGGCCAUUUACGGGAUGAGCAAAGUUGUGGGAGGCCUUGAGCAUUAUCUCAGGGAAGGAACAUUCGAGAAUCAGGGUAGCGACAACAAAGAGAAGAGGACCAAACCGUGACCCACUGUCCAAUCUCGAUCUCUUGUAUAUCGGCCUAACACUUGUCUAGUUAGAUCCCUAGGUCCUCUCUGUACUUUUGUUUUGCUUGACACAAAUCAAGAUUUAGAGAGGAACACUUCGGGUUGAUAUGUAUUAGGAUGUAUUGUACUCAUGAUAAUUGUGUAUUUUGAUAAGGUGAAUUCGGCAUUCAACUGAGCGGGAAUGCUUUUGUAUAUGUAUGAUCGAAACGUUGUUCCACAACUGUAAUAGUGAUAAAUUCCUGUGACAAUCAUCUGCUUUUGCAUGGA